GUCCCAAUCUGGCAACAGUACAUACUUCCGGCAUUUAAGGUAUCGGAUGGAAACGAUUGCGAAGGAUUAGCUGGAAAUAAUAAUAAUAAUAAUAAUAAUAAUAAUAAUAACAAUAAUAAUAAGAGGUAAUCGGGUGACCAUGCGUGACGGAGCCGUCCCGGAGAGCACAGCGAAGCUUGUGGGCCGAUCCUCUUUCCAUGUGAAGCAGUAGCUGCACACACUUCUCCUGCUCGGGGAGGUCUUUGUGUCUUCGCGAUGCUCGAAACACCACCUGGGUUUCCCUUUGAAGAUAUCAAACGGGAAGACAUUGAAGUCGGAGAGGUUAUCGGGAGAGGGACGUUUGGCGUUGUGUACAAGGCCAAAUGGAAAGGCAAAGAUGUGGCCAUCAAGACCAUCGAGAGUGAGGACGAGAGGACCGCUUUCAUCGUGGAGCGUCGUCAGCUGUCCAGGGUCAACCACCCCAACAUCGUGAAGCUCUACGGCUCCUGUGACAGUCCGGUGGGUCUCGUCAUGGAAUAUGCUGAAGGUGGAUCUCUGUACAACGUGCUGCACGGUGCGGAGCCCCUGGCGCAGUACACGGCGUCGCACGCCAUGAGCUGGUGUCUGCAGUGUGCCAAGGGCGUGGCCUAUCUGCACGCCAUGAAACCCAAGGCCCUCAUCCACCGCGACCUCAAGCCCCCCAAUCUGCUGCUGGUGGCGUGCGGCACAGUGCUGAAGAUCUGCGACUUCGGGACGGCGUGCGACAUCCAGACCCACAUGACCAACAACAAGGGCAGCGCGGCCUGGAUGGCCCCCGAGGUGUUCGAGGGCAGUAACUACAGUGAGAAGUGUGACGUGUUCAGCUGGGGCAUCAUCCUGUGGGAGGUGAUCACGCGCAGAAAGCCCUUCGACGAGAUUGGAGGCUCGGCCUUCUGCAUCAUGUGGGCGGUCCACAGAGGGACCAGGCCCCCUAUGAUCAGAGACGUCCCCCCCACCUUGGAGAGUCUGAUGACGCGGUGCUGGGACAAGGAGCCCAGCCAGAGACCUCCGAUGGAGGAGGUGAAGAACACCAUGGGGGGUCUCAUGAAGUAUUUCCCCGGCUCUGAAGAGCCCCUCCAGCUCCCCCACCAGUAUUCAGGCAACAGGAGUGGCUCCUCCUCAGGCACCAGCACCGGAUCGUAUGCAGACUACACCCUCAACAACCGCAGCGGGAGUGGUGGGGUGGACCAGGGCGGGGGGUCGCAGGGGCGGGAAGAGACCCUGAAGAGCAUCGAGGUCCCAGUGCCCUUCAAGCCCUCCAAGACGGGCACACUGCGGCCCAGUCUUCCCCUGUCCAGGAGGUCCAGCUCUGAUAGCCAACCAGGACGCUCUCAGAGCCCUGCGCACUCUUCCGGGCCCACCUCCAUGCCCGUCAGCCAAUCAGAGCUCAGGUUACCUCUGAGUCCUUCUGCUACCAACGGGGUGGACAGCUCCAUACCCAUGGCCUACCUGACACUGGACCACCAGCUACAGCCCCUGGCCCCAUGCCCCAACUCCAAAGAGUCCAUGGCGGUGUUUGAGCAGCACUGCAGGAUGGCUCAGGAGUACCUGAAGAUCCAGACCGAGAUCACACUGCUCGCCCACAGGAAGACGGAGUUGAUCUCGGAGCUGCAACAGGACGAGAGGGAGACGCAGAACGCCACACGCCUGGCCCAGGAUCACUGCCAGCUGCUGGAGGACAACAGGGGGCUGUCGGACUACUACCAGGGCCUCAAGAGCCAGAGCCAGCAGCAGCAGAGCCAGCAGCAGCAGAGCCAGCAGCAACAGAACCAGCAGCAGCAGAACCAGCAUCAUUAGCAGCAGCAUCAGUACACCUUUUAACAACAACUACAGCAGCAGCAUCUAGGAACACCAGCAACACAGCUAGUGAAGAGGGGACGGGCAAAGGUUUGCUGCUGUAGACAGGAGAGGAGGUUUCCUGUGUGUGUGUGUGUGUGUGUGUGUGUGUGUGUGUGUGUGUGUGUGUGUGUGUGUGUGUGUGUGUGUGUGUGUGUGUGUGUGUGUGUGUGUGUGUGUGUGUGUGUGUGUGUGUGUGUGUGUGUGCGCGUCCUUCAGCAGUCUAUAUAAACUCUGUACCCACAGGCAACAGACGCCCGUGCACAUCAAUUUGUUUUAUGGUUUGCCGUGAGAGCUGAUCCCAGGUCACACUGCCGGCGUGCUUGUGUGUGUGUGUGUGUGUGUCCACUAGGACUUGGGAGUCUGCCACAAAGGAGAACUGUACCGAGCUCUAAAAGAAAUAGGAAGAGUUGCUCCUUCCACUUCAUAUUCUUUGCCCCCCCCAAUCGCAGCCUCAGGUGUCGUCUGUCGCCACGGAAGUCGCGGCCUACAGUGCCUGGAGUGGUUAUUAGGACGACGGAAGCUGCUGAGCCUGUUCUGCCUUUGUUUGCCAAAUCGCUGCCUUCCGGCACAAUGGGGACGGUCCAUUGGUCCGCAGUCCCGCGGCCGUCCUCAAUGGCACAGGCGCAACUCAGAAAAACACUGUUUUUCUCUCAGCGUUUGUGUUUGUUAACGCACAAAAAACAAGGUAUUUUUCGCAGGUUGGUUUAAAUGAGGGAGGGAGGGAGGGAACUAACGGUGUAGAUAUUACCGGGCUUGUGGGCCUUUUUAUUGUUGCAUUUUAAAAAAGGAAAAGAGGUGAAAAGUUUGGGAGUUUACAAUCCUCAACGUGUAUUACCCUGCGCAUUUCAUGUUUUAUUUGUUUAUCUUGUGCUUCAAAACCCACUGUUUUCAAAAACCCACAUCUUAUCAAUCUUUGUACGUCCUUCACUGCAUUUAUUGUAUUAUUUCGACUGUAACUGCUCAGUGUCCAAUGUCCAUUCAUGAUUUCGAGAAGCCAGAGGGUUUUUUUGGGCUUUGGGUUGGGGCAGCAAGCAAGGGGAAGGUGAAUUUGUUUUUCGCUCACAAUGUCACAGGAUCGUUAAUGUCUAAUUUUCACAAUUUGCCUUAGGAUCUUGUUAGUGAUAGACAGCAAUACUGGGUUGCGUAUCUAUUCAUCUCAAGUUUUCAUUUUAUGAGUGUGUUUUAUUUUAUUUUGUAUUGAGACCAUGCACAUGUAUACACAAGUCCUUGAUUUAGUAUAAUUGCCACAGACCCCCUAUUGCAGGUGGUUCCUUUUCCCUCGACCAACCUCCUUAUCAAACAGUGCACAUUUUUAAGAAGAUCACCCAGUAUUGAGACUGGUUAGAGUUUUUAAGGGCCAACAUACUGAGUAACUGUAGACCAAUGCUACUGACAAAUUUGUUCUUCAAGGAACUUUGUGGUGGCCUGGAGCUUGUUGACUUAAUGGAAUAAAACGAUGUGUUUCUCUGAAACUGA